UCAUAGCUGUGAAACGCCCACACCCGCGGAUCUGAUCCUCCUAUUUAUUAUUCUACUAACUCCGCACCUUAACAUCUCUCUUCUUGUUCUCUUCGUCUCCGCACUUCUUUUUCUCCUCCCUUCCCAGCAGAUUUUUCUGGUCCAGUUCCAUUUUUAUCCAAAACAUCUGGUUCUAGGGUUUCUCUCCAAUGGCCACCUCGCUCACUUUCUCUACAGUUCGUGCGUUGAAUUCUCAACGCCCCACUCCUUUAGCCUUUUCUUCUUCCUCCCCUUCUUCCAAGCUCUUCUCAUCGUCCCCCUUGCAGUUUCCUAGGCAGCUCCGCCCUAUUCGAAUCGGCAACAACGGAAUUUCAUCCCCGUCUAGGCCUCGAACCCUUCCUGUGGUUGAAGCAAAGAAGCAAACAUUUUCUUCCUUGGAUGAAUUGCUAGCAAAUUCUGACAAACCUGUACUGGUAGACUUCUAUGCAACUUGGUGUGGCCCUUGUCAGUUCAUGGUUCCUAUCCUCAACGAAGUCGGUGCUUCUCUGAAAGACAAGAUCCAGGUGGUGAAAAUUGAUACUGAGAAAUACCCAAGCAUUGCUGAUAAGUACCGAAUAGAGGCAUUGCCUACUUUCAUCAUAUUUAAAGAUGGGAAGCCGUAUGAUCGCUUUGAAGGUGCUUUGACUGCAGAUCAGCUCAUCCAACGCAUUGAGACCACACUAAAAGUGAAACAAUAGUUCUUUUGUUGUUGAAGUUAGAAAUCAGAAACUGAUGUAAUGAAGCAACUGAAGUCGCAUACAGGAUGUGAUGAAGGAAAACUGCACAGGAAGAUCACAGUCCAUGCUUUUCUGAAUAACUGGUAUUUUAUCUGUAAAAUAUGAUGAAAUUUGAUCAUGGUCCGGUGGACUCCAUCAGUUGAUAUAGAGACAAACAAUUUUGAUUACUCAAUUGUUUAAGCUGUUGGAAAUUGGCACAGCUGUUGCACUUGUCCUGGAAAUUCAAUGGGAAGAAUUUGUUUUCUUUAU